AUGGGCGACACUCAGGAAAGAGAAUGGGUCAGCGUGGCCAACAGUCUUCUGACAAAAUGUAACUUAGACCUGCGUGUUACUGAUCUCUUUGACUGCAGAGCUGAAGUGUUUAUCUCACUUUAUGAGUCAGUGAUGGGAGAGAAAGUUCCAGAUUUAAUAGCUGUACCUAGAUGCCAAGAAGAUGAUGCUCAUAAUGUGCAGGCAAUCAUAGAUUCUUUGGCAAUGGACUACUUGCAGGUCAGCCUGUCACAUAUAACUGGUGAGAACAUUGUGAAAGGAGAUAAGGAGUCCAUUAGAAAUCUCCUGGAAAUAUUUGAUGGCUUGUUUGAGUACCUUACAGAAGAAAUCAGUGAGACUGCUUCUGAUGUUGGCACAGAGUGGAAAAAUGCAGCAAAUGGUGCUGUUAACCAGAUGGCUCAAGAUGAGGUCCAAAGUCUUGGUCUGGAAGAAACACAAGGUGGCUGUGAUGUGCCCUUUUCCUCCCCAAAGCUAUUAUCUGUGAUGGGGUCUUCUCAAUCAUCAGACAUUUUCAUUUCAUCAGAGAAGGCAGAGGGUUCAGAAUCCACAAGUGAGCUAAUUAAACUUGGUGACACAGCAUACCAGUUUUCUUUCAGAAAUGAAGAGUUACCAGCCUCAAAAGGGAUCUCAGCAAAGACUGCUGAGCCAGAAGAGCCUGCAGCUUUUGCAGAACAGUCUAGUAUACCCUCCAGCAGCGGAAGAACACUUGUCACAGAAACUGAAGGAUCAGCAAAAUUUGCCAGGUUGCCCAGCGAGCAGCCGAGUUCCAGUGCCAAAAAACUUGGGGAACCUAUUCGUUCAGCUGUUGCUUUGCAGCCACCCUACCAGCCUUCUGUACCUAGGUGCCCUUACCAAGAUGAAAGAGGAACUAGAAAUUCCAGCAGAUGUCCUCCAACAUUGACUAAACCUCAGAGACUUCCUUUCCCUCAGGCAGUACCCCUUGGGCAAAUGUCUGAAACACUUUCAAGUGGCAUCUUUACUUCUGAUCUUCCAACUGGAGGUGAUGAACCAGGGUCAAAAGUUGUUAUAAAGAAGCCAGAUGUAGCUGAUGAACUGGUGCCAGAAGACAGCGUGGAUGAUGUAGGAAAGGUAACUGAUACUUCUCAAAAGGAAACUGAUGAGAAUGUUCAAUAUAAACCAACUUCCUCUUUUAAGGAAGACAAGUCACACAUGUUUACAUCAAUACAAAGCACAAGAUCUAAGCAAAAGAAUCUGUUUAAUGGGGAAAGCCAGCAUGAAAGCUUCAUCAGAGACUCGCUUGCAGAGGUACCUCUUUGCCAUAGGAGGGUAAAAGAAAAGCUGUCAGACCAAGAGCUACACCAGAUGUCUGAGAAACUCUCCCGUAGGCUGAAUGAACUAGAUGUAAUGUUAAAGAAUGCUUUGAGUGAACGAAGUAGGGGGGAAUCACCUAUUGAUGAAGACAGACUUUCUCAGCAUAGCGAUAGUGUCAUGGAUUACCGUGACAUGAAGCUAGAACCAGCCACCCGGCUUCCAAAAAGAACACCCAGCAGGCAACGGUCGUUUUCAGCUUCCCCACCACCUUCCACCCACAAGCUGUCAUUUGAAUUGGAAGAUACGGUCUGGAGAGAUGGAAGGGGACCAGCAGGGAAAAUAUGUCAUCGCUUGCAAAAGGAACAAGACCAGAGGAGGCUUAGAGCAAUGCUGCUGACAAAAACCUAUAAAGAUGAACUUAGAGCUUAUGAAGAUAGUGAGAGAAUUGAACUUGCAAAGCUAAAAGCAAAUACCAAGGAAGUGGAAAGAAGAUACAAAGAAAGCUUAUUUAAAGAAUCUCCAAAUGUGUCACGGCCUGCAGAGGUUUACUCUAGAAAAAUGGUACCUAGGAAUCGCAAACUCAGCCAGUGGAUUUCAAGAGGAGGAUUUAUUAAGCCAAAGAAAGCAGCUCCAAUGAAGGUCAAGGAGAACAACCUCCUGCCUCUCCUAAUGGAGGAGUUCCCCCACUUGCACAUUUCCCGCCCAACCAUGAACAAGAUGUGGCAGAAGCAGAUUGCACAGAUAGAAUUACUGAAGUCUCCCAGCCACAGAACCCAGCGGAAACUCCAAAGUGAAGUAGUAGAAGCCCUGAAGAAGCAUGAACUCCUGGUUGAGCUCAUUAAGAAUGAGCAGGCCCAUAACAAGAGAUUGCAAGAUUUCAAGCAACGUAUUCAUUAUCAAAAAUGUGCCCAAAAUAAAAUGAGAGAGAGACAUCAGCAAAUUGUCAGAGCCAAAAAGUACUACCAAGAUUACAGAGUUCAACUGCGGGCUAAGAUGAUGAGGGCCAGGACCCGUGAAGAACGGAUAUUUAAAAACCUAUUUGAAGAAGGUUUGGAUAUUCAGAAGCAAAGACUGCAUGAGCUGAGAGAGUAUGCCAAGGAUAAACGUGCUGAGCAAGUGAGACAACACCAGGCAGAACUGGAGUCCAUGGAGAACUACUACAAGGAUCAGUUUUCAAUGCUGGCUGAAGCAGUUUCAGAAGAACGCAAACAAAUCCAAGCCAGAGAGAGAACACAUGCAAAAAUGCUGAACAAAGUGAAGUGUGAAUUUAGAUCAAAGAUGGAGAAAGAGAUCCAAGAACUGCAGGACGUGAUCAUUCAGAAUGAUGAUGAUUCAUUCUUCUGUGAGCUAGAAGCUGAUCGCCUCAGAUCCAGACUUCAGAUGGCUUCCUUUCAGUACAGCAAAAAUUACCACUUCCUUUAAUGAGUGUUGGGGAAGGGGUUCC